AUGAUCACUCUCCGUCGUCGAAAUAUCGAAGAAGAAGGUCCUCCAGAUGACUACAAUGGAGUUUUCACGUCGAAAUCUCAAAUAUUUUUAUUUGGAAAUAUGAAAGAAACUGUGAAAGUUUGGUGGAGAUUCGAUGGAAAUGAAAAUAUUUUGGAUUGGAUUGGAUUGUUUAAUGUUGGUACGUUUUUGGGAGGGAGCUAUAGAUUUGAUUCAUGGAAACGUUGUUUCUCAAGCUGAAAUUUCGAAAAAAAAAUUAAUUCUGAAAAUAUUUGAUAUAUCUUGUUAUCAUCAGCUUCCAAAAACUUGAAACUAAAAUUUAAAUCUUAUUUUCCUAGAAUCUCGUUUCGUGAUGAAUUUCUUGCCUCUCUUUUUUGAAAGAAAAAAAACUUCCGCAUUAUAUCCAGAAAAAAUUGUUCGGAAGAGACGAUUUAUGAGUUCCGGAUCUUUGUUAUUUGUUCUAAGAUCCAGAUUUUUUGGAUUGAACCAGAAUUUAAUAAUUUCAAAUUCUGAAUGGGAAUAAGCUCUAAAAUUUUCUGCAGAAAAUACUCACAGUUUCCGAAAUUAUUUUCAGAAUCACAAUCAAUUUCUUCAAGAAAUCUCAGGAAUCAUAUUUUUCCAGACGAUUCUUCUUGUUACCUCGAUCACAAACAACUUCAUCGCCUCGAACCUCCACUUUUCUUCACUCUCUCACCAAAAAACCUUCUUCACGCAAAUCGUGUCUACUUUGGUUAUAUCGAUGGAAUAACAGGAAAAAUGAUGGGAAGAUCUGCAGAUUUGGAAAUUUGCAAUCAAGCAAAUCUAGUUAUUCAUGAAGUUGUGAGAGGAUUGAAUUGUUUGAAAUCGGCGAUCAUUUUGGAAUCUGAUGGAAAUCAAGUUGAAAUUCCUGAGAGAAUGAAAAAAGAUAUCAAGGUGGGCGAAAGAGGAAUGCACUUUUUUGUGAACGUCAUUUUAGAGGAUUUCCGAUUUUGAAACUGAAACUGAAAUUUGAUAGCCAAAAACGUCACUGACUUGAAAAUCUUAUUUGGAAAAAUUAUAUAUAUUCUGUAAAAUAUUGAUUUAGCAACGGAAAAUGUUUUUUUUUUCAAAACUCUAAGAUAAGCCGUCGGAAAUUUAUGUGUCUAAACUUUCUUUGAAGUUCUUCUGAAAAUUUUUUGAACAUUCCCACGCUGAAUUUUUUCCAGUUUUCAAUUUCUCAAAAUUUUUAUUUUGAAUUGAAGAAAAAAUAAUUCAAAAAUAGUAUUUUUCUUCGGACUUCAAGAUUUUUAAGAGCCGUGAGAAACAUUCAAAAUUAUUGACAGAAUUUUUUGGAGUUGGGAUUUUCUUGAUGUAUUUUUCUCUGUUGAACUUUCAGACUAUUCAAAGUUAAUCUGAAUGGGACCAAAAAAAGUUUCAAUUGUGUUUCGAACUUUUUUUGGUUGACAAUCUAAACCCACGCAAAAUCCCAAAGUACACAACAAAACAACAAAAUGGAAUUAUUUUGGUGGCCGUUUAUUUAAUUCAAUCAUUCAAAGUGUCACUUCUAUCUAUCUAUCCAGCUUGUUUUUUAUUCUAUUCUUCUUCUUUUUUUCCCACUCUUCUCUUCUUUUUUUGCAGCUCAAUUUCGCCUGGCAAGAAGUUCAAAUUUCAAUCUCGCAGAAUUUGGCGAAAUCGGAGAAACACGUUUUCACAGCACAACAGUGAGUUUUGGGAUUUUCGAGUUCAUACUGAGAUUUCAAUGUUUCAAAAAAAAGUUUUGAAGUAUUUUCAGAAUUAUUGUUUGACAAAAAUAUUUGUCGAAGAUUUAAAAAACGAUCCUAAUCCUAAUCUGAGCAAUUAUUGCAAUUUUUAAACAUUUUUUCUGCAAAUGUUUCUAUCUAAAAUUUAACUUUGACCCCUUUUCUCCUUUGAAGAUUCCGCGAAUUUUCCUCAACAAAAAGUAUUUGUAUCAGUUGUUUACGCUAUUUCGAAUUCCAUGCUCUCAAAAAACAACUAAAUCACGUCCAUACAUCAAAUUUUCGUCGUAUUUUCCAUCCCUCUUUUUUUUUCAUUUUUCUCCGCCAAAAAAGUAGAAGAGUGGGUGUGAAACCCUUUGGGAAGAUGAGCCUUUCGAUUUGUCAAAUUUUGACAUGUUCCUUUCUCAGCAGACGUUUAUUUUCGCGUUAUUCAAAUAACAUCUUCAUUUUUUGGUUUUGCUUUAUUUUUGCUCCGAAAGAUGAUUAAAUACAGCCCCCAAAACUUUAUCUACAGUAAUCUAGAGAAAAGUUUGAAAAUUUUCUGGUAGAUCGAAAAACCCACGUGGCAUGAUUUUAUCUACAGUACCCCUAAUUUCAGUAUAAUUUUCGAUCUACAGUAAUCUUCAAAAUAAUUAUUGAAAAAAACUUAAUUUUCUGUGAAAUCAAGAUAUCCACGUGGUAAAAUUUGAACCUCAAACUUUUCGAAAAAAAAACAUUCAUUUUUUCUGUUCAUUUUUUCCUAUCUGCUUUUUUGCUUCUUUUUUGCCUUGCUCGUUCAAAAAGUUAAUCAGCAACAAGAAAAAAUGUUUCGUUUCGACUCUAGAAGAAAAUUGAAUUUUCAAGUUUUGAACGAGAAAAAAAAUGAGAAAUGGAGCAUAGAGGCUUGGAAAUGUUUCCAGACUCGAAAUUUUGAAAAAAAAAAAUUCAAACUAAUUAUUUUGCAGGCUAGAAAACGACUGUUCAAGAUCAAUCAAUGAGCAUGGAAAAUAUUGUGUGGAAUUGAUUUACAGUAUUCAACCAGUUUCAGGUUGGUUCUUGAAAAUUUUUGAAAAAAAUCAUAGAAAGAAAUUCUAGAAAUCAGGUUCUAGGAAAAAACUGAUUGUGAAAACCAAUAAAAUUAUUUACCAGAAUUUUGGCCAGAACUUUGUCCAAAAUCCAUUUCCCUCCCCUAAAAACCAAUAAAAUUAAGAAUUAAUGUCGUCGGAUACAAUUGGCUCAAUGCCGAGCACAAGUUCAAGUAUGUCGACGAAUUUGAGCUCAUCUUCUUCUGCAAAUUCUUCUAAUUUUUCAUCUUCUUCUUCAAAAUGGCAAAUGUGUUUGGAUGCAAAAGGUCGCAUUUUUUAUGUGAAUCAUGAAACAAAGGAGACUUCUUGGACGAAUCCCGAAAAGGUUUGCGAAAAGUUUUUAUUUGCAAAAAAAGUGUGUUGCAUUUUUGGAUACUUUUCGAAAAUUUGUUUCAAGAUUAUUUCAAAAGUUUCCGAAAAAAAUCUACAGUGCAACUUAUUUUUGGUGAAAAAUUGACCUACAGUAAUCCCAAAAAAUUCGAAAUAUUUUCAUGGUAAAUUAUUGUUUACUCCACCUCUUAUAUUUUUGCACAAAAAUUAAUGUACAGUAAUCCAAAAAAAGCUGAAAUAAAAAUUCAACCUAAUAUUGAUUUGUUUCAGAAUUUGCCGCGCCGCCGUCAAACCCAACCUCCACUUCUAAUCGGAACUCCUCGACUUCCACCUCGUCGCGAUGAAAGUUUCAUAACACCACGUCGAACAAUCGCCAAAAACAAAAACGAAAAUGGAACUGGAGCAAGUGAUUUUUUAGAAGAACUGGCGAAUUUCUUUCAAAAUUCUGAUUUUGUCACAAUUCUUCACGACAAUCGAAAAGCCUUGGAUAUUUAUAAUAAAAGUUCAGUUGUGAGGCAUGCACUUCAUAGAAUUCAAAUGAAUAUUGAUUUACCGAAUAAGUAAGUUCGAAAAUUUUCAAAGUUUUAUUGAAGAUGUCUGAACCAGUGAUUUAUUAGAUUCAGACACUUCCUCAGCCUCGUUUCAAAAUUCGUUCUUAUUUUCUAAUUUUUUUCCAUCAGAUUCGAAAACAUCCCACAAUUUGUCGAAUUUGUCAAUUCAUUUUCUGAUACAAGUGAACCGAUGCCACGUGGCUGGGAGAUUUUGAGAAAUUCGGAACAAACUAUUUAUAUAAAUCAUAAUCGAAUGAUAACAAGUUUUUUGGAUCCAAGAGUUCGAAAAUUAGUAUCAAAAGAACAUCGAAGAGGAAGAAGUGCACCGCCAAGAAGAAAUGCAAAAAUUGAUAAUAAUGGAAAUCAUUUAUUGAUUGUGAAAUAUGAUGAGAUUAUGAGAAUUGUUGAUCAGAAAUUGCCGCAUAUUGCAGGUUUGUUGAAUGGGAGUUUUAGCACACAAAUAUUGAAAUUUCAAAUUCCCAAGAAGCUCUAAAAGUUUCGAAUUCCGUUUCAAACUUUUCAUUUUUGCAGAUCGUGUUCGUAAAAAAAUGCGUCUGGUUGAAAGAUUCGGCGAUCUCGCAAUUGCCAGCCUUGCAAACGAUCUCGAUCUUUCACUAGCAGUUAGUAUGCUUGACUCAGACACCGAUGAAAAUAAAAACAAAAAUCUUCGAAACGACGAAAACAUCUCAAAUUUUUAUGCAAUUCUUCAAAAAGCGAAAUUCGGAAAAGGACCUGGCAAAUUAAUGUGGAAAAUCUCGCGAGAAAAUCUAAUUGAUGAUGCAUUUCGAGAAAUUCUUUCAACCGACAUAUUUUCACUCAAAAAAUCGCGGCUUCAUAUUUCAUUUGAUGAUGAAAUUGCGUUGGAUUACGGCGGACCAUCCAGAGAAUUUUUCAUACUUCUUUCACGCCAACUUUUUCAUCCAAGGAACGGAUUUUUUGAAUAUUAUGGAAAUGAUUAUUAUUUGAAUUUGUCAAAAGGAACACAUCAAUCAAGACAAUGGCUUGAAUUAUGUGGAAGGGUUUUGGCAUUGGCUGUUAUUCAUAAAUGUUUGGUUGAUGUAUUUUUUACGAAGACUUUUUAUAAGAAUUUAUUGGAUAAGUGAGUGAGGAAAAGGAAGGGAGAAAUUUUACGAGAUUUUGAAUUUUCGGCGCCAAACUUAUAAGUAUAUACUGAUAUUUUCAAAAACAUUUCUAUCCUUUUUCCUACAAAUUUUUUUUUCAGGAAAGUAUGUUUGGAAGAUUUUGACACGGUUGAUCCGGAAUUCUAUAAUUCGAUGAAAUGGAUGCUUGAAAAUGAUGUGGAACAUCUGGACAUGCGAUUUGUAUACAGUGAUGUUCAGGGCAAUAAAGUAGGAAACUAUUUUAUCUAUAAAAAUAUUAUCUCAACAUUUUGUUCAGGUAGUUGAUAUCGAUCUUCUUCCCGAUGGUUCAAAUCUUCUUGUCACAAACACAAAUAAAAACGAAUUCAUCGAUCUUCUUUGCCAAAAACAAUCAACAAAAGGCAUCGAACAAUCAAUGAAAAUCGUUUGUCGAAAUUUUCAUCAAAUUCUUGAUUCUGAACUUGUUCAAAUACUGAAUCCUGAUGAACUUCGAAUGGUAUUGAGUGGAUCGAUGGAAUUGGAUUUGAUCGAUUGGAGAGUGAAUUCAAUUUAUAAGGGCGGAUAUUUUGAUGGACAUGUUAUUAUUGAAUGGUUUUGGGAUAUUGUAGAGAAAAUGACAAAUUUUGAUCGAUUUAAUUUACUUUUGGUAAGUUUCAUUAGUUUUGAAGAAAUUCCGUUUGACAAUGAGAAUUUUUAGUAUUGCUAAAUUUAGAAUCGUUCUUGAAAAUUUCAAAAUUCAACUAGAGAAAAAAACUUUCAGAUUUUUUUCAGUCACCUUUUUUCCAACUGUAAAAAAUUUACCUUGAGAAAACAAUAAAGUUGUUUUGGGAUAAAUAACCCAGUUAUGUUUAAAUAUCUCGGGAAAGCAUUCGCAACCUUGGAGCUAAUUUGCGACUCGAUUUUUCUUUGGCGCAGAAGUGCGACCGUUUUGAGCGAAUGUGCGACACUUUUUUUGGUCGCAGUCGUCGGCGCAGAUCUGCUGAAAAGUGUCGCUAACGAUUUCAAAACCUGCGACAGACUCUCUCGAAAACUCGAAAUUUGAAAAAACGGUCGCAACUCAUUAGCAGAUUCGCGACCGCGGUCGCAAAAUUAGCUCACUUGUUGCGACACGUUGUCGCAGAUCUGCUGAAAAUGGCUGCAGAUUUGCGUCGCGAAUUCAGCGAAUCUCUGCCUGAGUAUAGACUAAUUUUUAAUUUGAAAUAGUUGAUAAGAAAUACACACUUUUUGAAGUUCAGAAUUUCUCAAAUAUUGAAAUUCAGCAUGCUCUAAAAUAAAAUCUAAACUUAUUACACCUCGCUCUUCCUCUUUCCUCUUCUCAAAAUUACAAGCCUUUUCCAGUUUGUCACUGGCAGUUCAUCGGUCCCAUUCGAAGGAUUCUCAGCACUCCGCGGAAACAACGCACCAAACAAAUUCUGUAUCGAAAAAUGGGGUGAAGAAACUGCUUUGCCACGUGCUCAUACAUGUUUCAAUCGCCUUCAACUUCCUUCGUAUCCAACAAAACAAAUUAUGAAGACGAAAAUUAUGCAAGCAAUAAAAGAUGGAAUGAAUUAUUCGAUUGAAUAA